AAUUCGUUAUUUUCUAUUUUUCCCUGACCAGACGUUUGGGAAAAAUUCUUUCACUUCCACAGAAAAUUCCAGCCAAUUUCGAGAAAAUCCAUAGAAGUGCUAUUAUUGUUUCAUCUGCACCCUCCCCUCCUCCUAUUUCUAUUUGUGAUCCACCCUUUUUUGAAAAAAUUCUCGUCCAGGGAUCAUCAUGAUUUGAUUGGCAACUUAACCAGAAUCAAUGAUGAAUGACCUGAGCAAAUACAGGUCAAUUUUCACUAGAUUCUAUUUUCUUGGGGAAAUCAAGUUUCUCUGAGACGGUUAUCUUCCCUAUCAUCUGAAAGUCCCUGAGACUUUCGCCGCUCUCAUCUCUCUCUCUCGGUUCGGGUAUGACUCGUCACGUGAUACUGACAUCAGAAGAAAGAAACUCUCCACCGACCACGAUGAUCAAACACGCGGAGAGGAGGAAGGUGGGAGAGGUAGCCGGAGGAGCCGCAGCUGAGUGUGCGGCCGUGUGGUGUUGCGGUCCUUGCGCCGUGGUUAACCUAGUUGUUCUCGCUGUGUAUAGAGUUCCCGCGGCCGUUUGUAAGAAAGCUUGGCGACAAACCAAACGGCAACGUUUUAUGAGGAGACGACACGGUUUACUUGCGUCAGCGGCUGCCGAGAGCACCGUGCACGCUAGACUAAAGGAGGAAGAUCCAACGGCUGAAAUUGUUUUCGAAGAAAAUGUAGUGAAUGUCGAGUUAAACGACGUCGUCGUGCUUGAGGAUGAGAUGUUUGAACGUUUCUAUGGGGCAGGAUUUUGGAGAAGCCCGUCACAGAGGGACACAUCAUCAGGAAGUAUAUGAUUUCUUUGUGAAAAUAUUAAUAAUUAAUUUGAUUUAUAUGUGAUUCUUUAAAAUUAUCAUGCGGGUAUGUGAAUAGGAGAAAUGUAGUAAUAUUUAUACAUUGUUCGUUUUUGUUUCGUUCGAUUUAAAUAUAACUACGUCUCAAUUGGGAUUUGGGGUGGCUUUUGCAGACCAAAAAGUUCA